AACAAAUUUUGGAGUAUUAGAAAACCAGUAGAAAUACUGGUUCUUGUAGUGCAUUUUGUUAUCAUUGCCCAAAUGUCUUGGAGUUGUGGACGUACUGGUGAAAUGGAAGCUCAUCUUGCUAAUAUUUGUCCUGGAGUUCCUAAUACUAUUUAA